ACCCGGACCGAGGAGGACUGACCCAGGAGGAGGCGCUGAUCAACGUCUGCUGUCCUACAAUCCACAGAAGAAGAAGAACGUUCCUGCACAUGCGCAGUGUCUGUGUGUAGCCCCGGUCCGGUAUUAUUGAAGAUGGCUGCGCCCAUAGACCUGGAGCUGAAGAAGGCGUUCUCUGAGCUGCAGGUGAAGAUGAUCGACACGCAGCAGAAGGUGAAACUGGCUGACCUGCAGAUCGAUCAGCUGACCCGGGUCCAGAAACACGCUAAGCUAACUCACACUGAGAUCACCACGCUGCCCGACAACACGCGACUCUAUGAGGGAGUUGGACGCAUGUUCAUUCUCCAGUCAAAGGAGGAGAUCAACAACCAGCUGAUGGACAAACAGAAGACGGCUGACGAGAAGAUUAAAGAGCUCGAGCAGAAGAAGGUGUACCUUGAACGCAGUGUAAAGGAAGCUGAAGACAACAUCAGAGAGAUGCUUCUGUCCAGGAGAGCUCAGUGAUCAAUACUGAUCAAUAAUCAAUAACACGUCCUGUCAGUAACUCUGUUUGAAUUGAUAUUAAACUGUUGAAGCUU